AUGGGAUGUUUCAAAAUUCCCUUGGGUCUAUGCAAUGAGAUUGAAGCCAUGAUAAGGAAGUUUUGGUUGGGACAAAGAGAUGAUAGAAGAAAAAUCCAUUUGAUAAAGUGGAAAGAUUUGACGAAAUCAAAAGUAGUUGGUGGUAUAGGUUUUAGAGAUCUUGCCAUGUUCAAUGUCUCAUUACUAGCAAAGCAAGCUUGGUGCCUUUUGCACAACCACAAUACUCUCUUCUACAAGGUUUUCAAAGCAUGGUUUUUCCCAAACACAACGAUCAUGGAGGCUAAGGAUUCAGGAUGGGGCUCUUAUGCAUGGAGGAGUAUACUUGUAGGAAGGGAUGUUAUCCAAAGGGGUGCUAGAUGA